AUGGAUCUUGCUCGUCCACAAUCGCCCCCCGAAAACAUGUCUCGUCGCUGGGCGCGAAAGGUUGAGCGUUGCUGCUGCACCUUCGCAACCUACAUCCCUCUAGUCUUCGUCUAUGGCUUGACCACUUGGGCCGUCUGGGUGGAUGUCACCAUAGGUUCUGCGCCCUCAAAAGCCUCUUGGCUCGGCUCCGCGUCGUCCUUCGGUGCCCUCCUCCUCUACGGCCUGCUCAACUGGUCUUACACCACCGCUGUAUUCACGAGCCCAGGGAGCACAACCAACGACAAUGGCUACAGCACACUACCGACCGAGGCGCCUCCCGCCGCCACCUCCUUCACCGUCAAGUCAAACGGCGAGUUACGAUUCUGCAAGAAGUGCCAGGCUAGGAAACCGGACCGCGCCCAUCACUGUUCGACCUGCCGUCGCUGCGUACUGAAGAUGGACCACCACUGCCCUUGGCUGGCGACCUGCAUCGGCCUCAAGAAUCACAAGGCCUUUCUGCUGUUCCUGAUUUACACAACACUCUUCUGCUUCUACAGCUUCUUCGUCGCUGGCAGCUGGGUCUACAUGGAGGUCAUCAACAACACGGCGUACGUCGAGACGCUGAUGCCCAUCAAUUAUGUGAUCCUCAGCGUCAUUGCCGGAAUCAUCGGCAUUGUCGUCGGUGCCUUCACUGGAUGGCACAUUCUGCUCGCGAGCCGUGGCCAGACGACGAUCGAGUGUCUGGAAAAGACGCGGUAUCUGUCGCCGCUGAAAAAGCAAAUGCAGCAUCAAUUCGUUGCCCAGCACAGUGGCGAGGGCAUCCCCCUACCUGCAUAUGGGCAGCAGCUUUUAGACAUGCAUGCGAAUGCCCUCCCAGGCAUCACACGACCAGAGGAGGGCGAGGAAUACCGGAGUCAAACCGGCGGCUCGAGGCCGAUGCACGCCUCUUACGAAGAGAUGGAACGCGAUCGCGCAAAGAAGCGUUACGAAGAGUACCUCGAUGAGCAGGACUCUGAGAAGCUCCCAAACGCUUUCGACCUCGGCGCAAAACGCAACCUCCUGCACCUCUUCGGCCCCAAGCCCAUGUUGUGGUUUGUCCCCGUUUGCAAUACCACUGGCGACGGCUGGUCAUGGGAGCCCAGUCCCAAGUGGAUCAUGGCUCGCGAGCGACUUGCCAGAGAGCGCGAGGAACAGCGCGCCCGCGAGAUCAACGCUGGCUGGGGAACCGAGGAGCCCCCGACCUUCAUGCGCGACGUACCUACGAAGCCAGACGGGGCGGGCCGUCACUACCUCACCUCACCACCCCCCAACGCCAACGGCGCGCGUAAAAUGCCCUCAAAGGCCGAUCGGGUGCUGGGACGCGACCCCAACCUGUAUGCAGACGGAUUUCAGGAGUCAAUGCCGAUGCGGAAACUCAGCCCGCGUGGCCACGCACUAGAGGAUGACCUUGAGGACAGCGACCUUGACAUGGACGGCCCCGCGGCGGCGGAGCACCGAGCUUUAAACCUUGUCACUAACGGCGGUUGGGGACGCAGCGGCGCCAGUGGAGUGUUGAGGAAACACAGUCCGACGUCGCCGUCGUUUAGGGACCAACCGGAAAACGAUGACGACGUGGAUUGA